AAGCGUACACAGAUUUUGUUCCUUUCCCCCUCAUGCCCCCGCCUCCAACCCUCAUCGUCUGCCUCAACACGCAGGCGCAUCUCUUCAAAUCCUGUCCCUUCCCCCGUCCGCUUUCUCUUCAUUUCGUUCCCCCUCCUCUUCCAGCACCUCGGUAGGUUCAAACUCUUCUCCGUGAGGGUGGCGGCGAUCGAGAGGUCACGUGAUGAGCAUCCUGCUGCCCAACAUGGCGGAGUUCGACACCAUCUCGGAACUAGAGGAGGAGGAAGAAGAAGCGGCAACGUCGUCGUCGUCGCCGUCGUCGUCGUCGUCGGUAUCGGGGCCUGACGACGACGAGGAAGAUGAGGAGGGGGAGGAAGAAGAGGAGGAGGAGGAAGAAGAGGAGGAGGAAGAGGAGGAGACGCCGCCCCCACCUCGGGUAGUGAGUGAGGAGCAUCUGCGGAGAUAUUCCCCCGAUCCUGUAUUGGUGCGGGGAGCCGGCCACAUCACUGUGUUUGGCUUGAGCAACAAGUUUGAUACUGAAUUUCCCUCCGUUCUAACAGGGAAGGUGGCCCCAGAAGAAUUUAAGACCAGCAUUGGCCGAGUGAAUGCAUGUUUGAAAAAGGCUCUCCCAGUCAAUGUGAAAUGGCUGCUCUGUGGUUGUCUCUGCUGCUGUUGCACACUGGGUUGCAGCCUGUGGCCUGUUAUUUGUCUCAACAAAAGAACCAGAAGAUCAAUUCAGAAGUUAUUAGAAUGGGAAAAUAACAGAUUAUAUCACAAGCUUGCUUUGCACUGGAAGUUGACUAAAAGGAAAUGCGAAACUAGCAAUAUGAUGGAGUAUGUUAUACUAAUAGAAUUCUUACCAAAAUAUCCCAUAUUCCGACCUGACUGAGGAAUUUUAUUCAGUCACUUCUGUGUUACUUGUCAUUUCCUACCCUUAGUGCCUUGUAGAUGAUUUUGGAAUGAAGAUGGUCUCCUUUGCUCUGUUCAACUUAUUCUUUAUUUCUUAUUCUUAUUCUUUAGAAUAUUCUCCUUACUCUUUUAUUUAUGUUGGUUUUAGAAGAAAAUUUGCACAUCUUUUUUUGUUGUUAAAUGAGGCUUGUGUUUUGCACUUUCAAUUUUUAAGUAAAUACACAGAGACUUAUAUGUAUAUAUAUAGUUGCCACUAAAGAUAAAAAACAUCAGUGCCGGUGUUUCAAAAAAAAAAAUUUGUUCUGAGCAUGCUGCCUUAUAAUUUUCAUACUCACUGUUUCUUAAAUAUGCAUCAUUUUUCUAGGCUAUUUAAUGCUCUGUAAUCCCUUACUGGACAUAAGUAAAUAAGCUUUUGGUAGCUUUUAGAAAUGGUUUUACUCUUACUUGCUUUUAAAGGACAUGCGAUUAAUAGCACUGGUUUUGUCCUGCACUUUGCUAAAUUAUCACUUAUGUUAGUGGAUAAAAUAUUUAAACUCUUAAAAGACUUGUAAAUAUUGUCUCUUUGCAUAACAAAAUGUGAUAUGCCAUGGUUUACAGAAUGUAAUAUUACUCUUACUGUAUUGCCAACAAAUCUGCAUAGAUUUUAAUAUGAAUGAAGUUUGCAAGCAUCCUUUUGAAUGUAUAGACUGUUAACAUGUUUUAUGGCAGAGCCAUGAGUUUGUUAAAAUUUCAGGUGUAGGGCAGGAUUGCCCUUUCUAAUGAGUAGAUUAAAAUUGAAGUUGUUGUCUGAGAUAUUCUGCAUUGCACCUGAAACCAAGAACCUUACUUUUUCCAUUUAAUUUAAUAAUAUCCAUUUUGUCCUCCACUCCCACCCCUCAAAAAAUUCAUUUGAUAUCCAACCAACACAUUUCACAGCCUCGCUGUACUUAUUUCCUGUUAUGUAUCCUUUCCCCCUUUUGAAAAUACACACAGUUAUCUUUAAGGAGUAUUUCAAGAUUUCAGAUAUCUUGGGAGGUGUCUAGAUCUUCAUGAAAGCCACUGCUAAUCCCUUUUUGGAGUUCUGAUAUUCUGCUUUGGGAAAGAGGGAGAGGUAAUUGAGAAGCUGUACUUAAAGAAUACAUAGUGGCUGAUUCAUAAUUGAUAAAAUAUUCUUUAUAUUUUUGAUGAUAUUUUUUAAACAUUUAGAUAUUAUUAAUGAGGAAAGACAAGUACAUAUUUCUCUUUCUCCUCCCAAGUAAGAUGAGUGAGAACACCACACUUAAUUUGAAUUUUUAACAUAAUUAAAGCUUUAUAUUGUGUUAAUUGAACUGCAAAUGUAUGCCUGUAUAUAGGCAUUAUUUGUAAAUCCUAUUGCUAAAAAGAAAUUAAAAGUAUCUGAGAUUGAAUAAUAUCCUAUAUUUCAUCUUACUAGUUUUAGUAAAACUUUUUGGACAAACAUUUAUCCCAGUGAAGAGAACAGUCAUUUCUUCAUAAAAGGUCAAGUCUUUAAAGCCAUUUUUAAAAUUUAUGCCUAAUUUGAAAUCCACGGUCCUGGACCAAUAAAAGAAGAGGGGAAAAAGCGACACUGUUUGAUCUAUGACUGUAAUUGUUUGCACACUUUUCCACCUCCCUCUGUAGAACCCCAUUACCCCCAUGCCACCAAGCCAUCCAGAAUCUUUAACUUUUAAUAUGUGUGCCUGUAAAUAUCAUUUGUCUGUCUGCUGCAAAAUUAAAUAUGUAUUUUUAUAGACAAGGUGGAAACCUCUAAAAAUGCAUACCAAAUGUCUUGUUUUAUAGCUAAGGUCAGGGAAAAAUUGUAUCUGUGGUUUAUGCUCCAGCUAAUAUUAUCAGGUUUAUGCUUCAAACUGUGAUUGUGUAAUACCAAAUUGAUUUCCAGAAUACAACAUUUCUAAUUACCAAUGAUAGAAUAAUUUUAAGUGUCAAUCCUAAAAUUUUAUUUUUUUCUGUAUACUUAGAAUCUGGCCAUGUGAUGGUCAUAGUGACUUUUCUGCCAUGUAUAAAUCACACUUGGUUUUGCUCAAAGAACAGCACGAAGUAGUGAACUGUUUCUAUGAAACAAAUAUUGAGACAGAAAUUGAGUGCAUCUGGAGGUGACAGAAUAUAACUUGAGUUACAGUAACAUUUGUCAUAAAAAAUCAUUUCCCAGCAUUUGUGAACUUUUUUUUAAUACCUCCUCUAGUUGCUUUUAAAUGUAUUAUUUUAUAGUUCAUUAUGCUGGUUGACUCAUCUUAUUUUCUUGAACUACUCAGAAAAUACACAAUUUUCUUUCUUCUUUCUUAUAUGACUGCUUUUCCAAACUAUUUUCCUAUGAAGCAGGCUGAUUAGCAGUUGGGGAUUUUGGAGUGCUUUGGUGGAGGGUGUUUUCUUUUCAAUGAAAUUGGCAGCAGUGAAUGAUGAAAUGGCAAAGCACAACGUGGUCAUUAAUCACUCCCCCAUUGACCUUUUUUUUCUUUUAUCCUCAGGAUAGAGCAUACUUGGAUAUUUCUGUCAAGUUAGCAGAAUAUUUUUGUGAAAGCUGUUUUUAGGUUGAAUAAAGUAAUUGGGAAUUUCUUUGUUACAUGAUAUUCUUUUAUGAAACCUGCUGUGGUAGUUUCCAGAGAAAAUAACAUCUAGUUGCCAAAGUAUAUAAAUCUCGCAAAGCUUUGAAGUUGUAAGCUAAAACCAUUGCUUCUUUGACUUCUGUUAUGCAUCUCCAUCCCAAUGCCCCUUUAAACAACUAAAUUAUGUAGAAAAUGAAAUUAAGCCCUAACCUUUUUCAGCUACUCUCUGUUCCCUCCUACCCACUCUAUUAAUUUAGGAAAGACACCAUUGUAGUUGAACAUUAGAAGCAGACGGAGAAGUGCCUUGUCUUUUUUGAACAAAGAUAACAUUUUAUGUUGAAGGAACCAGAAUGAAUGAAUUGGUAGAUCAUUAGAUUUAAAACCAUCCUUUUCAAGUAUUAGAAUAUUUCACUAGCAUAUUAUAUUUCUUCUAUUUAUUAUUUAAAGCAUGUUUCUUUGUUUUCCCCUAAUCAUAUUAUGUUAGUGUUAAAAUAUUACAGGACUAUCAAUCACUUACAAAACUGGUAUAAUUCUAAUGUUAGUAAAUAUGUAAUUCAACAUGGUUCUGAAAAAACAAUGGUCUUUGAAGCCCUACAAAAACCCCUUAAGUAUUUAAUAUACAUACUAUUUAUAUUAUGAUCUAUAAACACUAAUGUCUGAUCAGUUAAUCUGUGUUAGCAUUUAGCACUCUGCCAUUUUUAAUGAAAUUCUUAUUUUUUCAUAAUUUGACUGACAUUACAUAGCAUUUGUAAGGCAUAGAACAAAUAAGGUUUUUCCAAGUGUAUGAGAGCUUUUAAAAAUUAUUAGCAUUUUAAUUUUGUUUACAAAUAAACUACCACUUAAAAAAAUCAAACCUCACUACUUGAACAUAAUAUCCCAAACAAUACUUCAUUAGAAUGAACUAUGUUGACCUAGGGGGAUGUAGAAAUUAUAUACACUCAUUUAACUGGAGUAGUUUCACAUAUGGAAAUGCUUUUUGCUAAUUGGAUUAUAAGAUGCCCAAAUUCAUCAAAGCUAAGUCCUCUUAUGCCUAUAAAAUUCUGCUUUAAAAAAAUUCAUUUUGCAACAAUUGUCAAAUUGUUCAGGUUCCUUUAAAUGAUGAACUAUUGGGAAAUUUUCCACAGAAAAGGAAUAUAUUUUGUUAAUAAUACUUGUUCAUGUAAUAUGGAGACUGAAAAAGGGGAUAUGUAUAUCCUUAUCUUGCCCCAAAUUUCUCUUUUGUGAUUCUGAGCCAGGCUUUUCAUGUUGAUGAUGGCAACAUGAGAAUAUAUUCCAUUAUAUGUGGACUUCAUCAGAUUCAUACUAUAUGAGGAAAUUAUCUAUUAUGGGCUUUGGACAAUUCACUUAAAUUACAUGUCAGUCUCUUUAUCUAUAAAGUCAUGGGGUUGAACUUAGAGCUGGACAGAAAAUUAGAGAUGACCUAACAUUCUGUGAUUCUAGGAAUCCUUAGGAAAAUUUUAUUCUACAGAAUCUCAGAAUGAUUUUUCUCAGAACUACUACCCUUGGUGGAAAUUCUCACAGUGCCUUGCACACAAUAAAUGUUUGAUUUGCCAACUGGCUCCCAGCUCAUGUGUGUUCACGUCACACAGACUCAAAGAACUGAUACCUGCUAGACCUCAGCCCCUCUAUGGUGAUAAAAAUAAGUGUAGUUUCCCUAGAAACCGAGGACUAAGGUCUGUGAGCUUUGCAUAUGUGGAAUCUGAUUAUGCAUUUGGUAUCCAGGCAAGAAUUAUAACUGUGACAAUAAUGGAGAUAUGGGAGGACCUAUUUUGACAAUGAUGUGAAAAGUUUCAUAUCCUGUCCAAUAUUUGCUUCAGUGUCUUACCAAUUUCCACAUCCUCAAAAAGAUUUAUUGGAACAAAUUGAUGUUAGAUGGAAAGAAAAGUAGUAUGGAAUUCAAACCCAAAUCAUUCUGGUUUAAUUCUUAGCUCUGCUGCUUAAUUCCUCUGUACCUCAUGUCCUCAUUGUGGAAGUGGGGACAAUAAUCUGGACCUACCUCACAGGGGAAUUGAGGAUUUUUUUUCAUAUAUUAAUGUGCUUUUGAAGUUGACUGAAAGAUAUACUGAAUAUCAUAAUUUUGUAAUUUCUAAACACAUUCCUUUAAAUCUAUGUUGUUAUGUUUUCUUUCUCAGUCAAACCCUACAGAACGAGUGUUGCAGUUAAUCUAUUUUAUCAGUAGUAAAUUUUGUUAUUAAUCCCCUAUAUGUUAACACGAGUAAUUGUGUUAUGUUAAUUAAUUCUUGACUUAGGGAGGAAAAGCAGGUGGAUGUAAACCAAUGAUUCCCAACUUGGGAAAGAUAAAGAUAGCAGUGGGGACAUCCUUGAACCUUUUUUAUAUUUCAAAAAGUAUACCAGGAAUCAUACAUUUAUCUAUAAUAUUUCUGCUGCACAAGCCAACUAAGUCAUUGAAUUUCCAUGCAUUUUGUUUAUAUUUUUCAAUCCUGCCUAACAUACUACUGGUUAUCCCACACUAAUCAGAAGUUGUGAAUGACAAUUGUUUUGAUUAGUAAAAGAAUGAAAAAGCCUAUUGUUACAUGCAGUUUAGUAAAUAAAAUACUUGAAAACAUGGGGAAGGAAUAAUAAAGGGAUCCCUAUGGUAAAAAUAUUGGAAGCCACUUUUAUAAAGGAACUAAGAUUAUUUGGCCCUCUCCACCAGGUUACUACCCAGUCCCUAAAUAAUGAAAUGCUAGACUGUGUGUGUGUGUGUGUGUGUGUGUGUUGGCUAGAUUGAGCUACAUAAUUUCAAGUUAGAAUCUGCCUUCUGUUUUCUUCUGUUUCAGGAUGAUAACUGAGCUAAUUUAUUUGGAUUGCAAAUGUGGAAAGUGUUAUAAUAUGUUCUAGCAUUGGAGUAAAUAUCAACUUCUGAGUCUCAAAGUAGUUCUGUAUAUAAACUUAACAUUAUGAGUCUAGGCAAUAAUUUCUCAAAUGUCCCUUUUAUUCCUGCUUAUUUGUUUGCUUUUAUCUUGGCUUAAUUUUCUUAAUUUUUCCUUUUUUCUAGUAAGCAAAUAGUGUAAAAUUGUUUUAAUGCCUGAACUUUGAACAAAUUACAGAUGUUUGAAAUUGUAUAAUCUACAAGCUAGUUCACCCUCCUUGGAUUAACCACAUACAAAUAUGAAUCUCAGCUGCAAAAACAGGAAAUUCUGGUAGCUGGAAGGUGAGCAUUGAUCCAAAACAUCUAUUUGAAAAGCCUAAGAUUUCUUUUUGGCAGAGGAUUCCUAUGGAGACAGCUUUAUCAGAAAAGAAUACAAGUGGAUAUGUCCAUUCAAACCAAGAACAUUUGUGCAUCUUGUAUUGUUACAUAGCCUGUGGAAUGAAUUUAUUUUUCUUCCAAGUUUGAGAGUGACUCCCCUGAAAGAACUCAACCUAUAUACAUACAGCUGUGCCAAAAUGAAGGACACCUGCCUCUCUGAAACUUUCACUGCUGCUUCUGUUGUUCACUUGUCAGAUAUAAAAUUUUAUUAUCUCAGGAUGCAAAAUUACAAUAAAGCGCAAAUCUAUGUUAAUGAA